UUCAAUCAGUUAGCAAGUCGGACAUUUAAGUAUUUCCUAGUUCCGUCUAGAACGUGAACGCGGCAAUAGUUUAACAGAGCAGAGUGGGGGACGGGACUGAUGCAGUAGUGAAGAAAUCGUAGCAGAAUGGCGGAGAGGUGGCUACCUUUUUCGAUCAUAUUUCUAGGAGUUCUCUCCUUGUACUGUGCUGCGUCGGCUGAUAACAGCGGCAUUAAGAAGAUGAAGAUGCAAUUUGCAACAGGGCCACUUCUUAAAUUCCAAAUCUGCAUCUCCUGAGGGUACAAGAGGGUGUUUGAGGAGUACAUGCAGGCCUUGUACCAGCGGUACCCAGACAUCCGUAUUGAGGGAGAGAACUACCUUCCUCUACCCCUCUACCGACACGUUGCUUCCUUCCUGUCCAUGUUCAAGCUGGCACUGAUCGGACUGAUCAUCAUUGGCAAGGACCCCUUUGCCCUCUGCGGCAUGCAAGCUCCAGGCAUCUGGGUCUGGGGACAGGAGAAUAAGAUUUAUGCCUGCAUGAUGGUGUUCUUCUUCAGCAACAUGAUUGAAAACCAGUGUAUGUCAACAGGAGCGUUUGAAAUCACGUUAAACGAUGUGCCAGUGUGGUCCAAGCUGGAGUCGGGUCACCUGCCCUCUAUGCAGCAGCUGGUCCAGAUCCUGGAGAACGAGAUGAAGAUGAAUGUACCCAUGGACACACUCCCCCACCACCGCUCCUAACCCCGUCUCAUCCCCCGGAUGGAGCCAAAGACCCCUCCACGUUUGAGGUGGGUUUCUCAAUGGACUGUGAGGUGAUGUUAAUGAAGGUCUGCGCUGAAGGCAGGAAGACUGCUAGCUCAGACUGGAUGUCCCCAUUUCUCCUCACCACGCCCCGUAGACUCCCCUGCCCCUGAUGCUGGCUUGGGAUCUACGGCAACCGCAACAGCCAUUUUGUUGUACUAUUACUGCUGCAGAUCGUUCAUCUUGUUGCAAUAAACAUUCAGUUUUGUCUCUUA